UUACUCUAGAUGAGAGUAAGAACAUUUACAUUCUGGCAAUAAGUUUUCCUCGAAGGCUGUGCCUCGAAGGUGCCUAAAAAAAUAUUAAAAAUCUAAAUUUUGCAACUGUUUGAUACUGAUUUAUUUCAUUGAAUAUCGUCGUGUCAAUGAUCAUGUCACCGUGAAACUACUAAAUUAUCGAUAAAACCUAUCUCAGGAUGUUCUUAUAUCAAUUGAAAUGUUUGGUCUUCCUGACGCUAGCGCUAUUGGGCGCCAGCACUGGCGCAGAUGGUUCCCGUGUGCUGGAACUUAGUGACCGCUUUCUGGACGUCCGAAACGAAGGCCAGUGGUUUGUGAUGUUUUAUGCUCCUUGGUGCGGUCACUGCAAGAAACUGGAACCGGUAUGGGCUCAUGUCGCUCAGGCUCUCUUCAAUACGAAUAUCCGUGUUGGACGGGUGGAUUGCACCCGAUUCACUGCAGUGGCGCAAGCGUUUAAGGUGAAUGCGUAUCCUACGAUUUUGUUCAUAAAAGGCCCUUACGACUAUGCCUACAAUGGGGAUCGAACCAAGGAUGAGUUGAUCCACUUCGUGAAUAGACUCUCGGGGCCACCGGUUCAGCAGGUCACCCGUGCGGCCAGUAUUGAUAUCCUAAAAUCAAAUAACCCAAUCUUCUUCACGUACGUUGGCAAACAGGAUGGUCUUUUGUGGGAUGUGUUUUAUAGUGCAGCGGAAGUCUAUCAGCCACACAGCUAUUUCUACGCAACAUCAGUGGAGAUAGCGAAGCGGCACUUCGACAUCGAUACCGUCCCGGCCGCCUUGGUAUACAAAGAACGCAGUCACUACUACUUCCAAUAUUCGGAUAAUUUCGAGUUUAUCGAACCUGCUCAUUUGAACGAAUCGCUGUUCAGAUGGAUCAACGAAGAACGAUUCCCGACAUUCCCAAAGGUGACCCGAGGCAAUAUACAUCACAUUUUGCAGACGAAGAAGUACCUCGUGUUGGCGGUGGUCGAAGAAAACAAGCUGAGCGAAAUCGCAGCCCAUGAGCAGGAGUUCAGAGACAUGGUGGAGAUUUUCGUCCACAAGAAUAAACACAAGUAUCACGGACGCUUCCAGUUCGGUUGGGUUGGAACACCCGAUCUGGCACAUUCCAUUGCCAUGGAUAAGCUGGCCACACCCCAUCUUAUAGUGCUGAAUGCCAGCACUAACGAACACCACAUUCCGGAGGACGAUCCCCUUCAGCUAACACCGGAGGCAAUUGAAUUGUUUUUGGAUAGUAUUCACAAUCAGACGGCUCAGGCAUUCGGUGGAAAUUCGAUUCCGGUGCGGAUCUACCGCGCCUGGUUCGAGGCCAAGAACUCUCUGUACGAGAUGUGGAUGGGUAAUCCAGUCCUCACGUCGGUCCUGUUCGGGCUUCCACUGGGAUUCCUCUCACUGAUCCUUUACUCGAUCUGCUGUGCGGAUAUCCUGGAUGCUGACGAGGAAGAAGAUGAACCCAAACACGAGAAAAAGGAAUAAACGAGCUUCCUGAGCGAUGCCGGAUUCCCGAACCGCAAACUAGUAUUAAUCGUCGUGACCGCCAGCAAUGGAGUGCUACAUUCCUCGAGUAGAGCAUUUCAAGGCAUAUUGAAAAAUGCCGUUUUCUAGUCAUUUUGAUCUGAAACACUGAUACUUUUUACUUUUACUUUUAUGUAACGAGGCUAGUGCUAUUUGGUAGUAACCUCAUCUUUAGAAAGAUUAUGUAAUUGCUCGGAGGCAGCCUACAUAUUUAUGUUUAUGGCCAACGAAUAAAGAAUGUAACGUGUUUGUGUCUCAUAGUGAAUAGAAAGUAAAAAUAAUGAACAAUACCGACUUAUAUAACAAAAAA